CCGAGUCCCGGUCAACUGCCCCUCAUUUGGCGCGUGAAUGCCGUCAUGAAAUAUUGAUGCCCCCCGGCCGCAGAUGGCUCUCAUCCGCGCCGCUUCCAAAUCAUCUCAAACAGUCACCCCGAAUCCUCGCCAAGAAAUUAACGGCGACAUUCACGGCACGUUUCAACAUCUUUGUGCCGAAGUCUAGCGGGAAUGCGCCGCUUCUUUCAGCGAGGGAAAACCGGAAAUACCGGGUGUGACGCGCCGCCUGCUCAUCCUAAUUCGUGCACCUUAAAUCCAGAACCGGACGGCAAGAUGGCGACAGUCAUAGGAGACAAAAUGUCGGACGCAGAGUACAGGGAAAAGCUGAUACGGACCGUCAAAAAGGAGGUGAAGCAGAUAAUGGAAGAAGCAGUGACCAGAAAAUUUGUCCACGAGGACAGCGGGCACAUAAUCGCUCUGUGUGCUGCUGUAGAAGCGUGUCUCCUCCAUGGGCUGAAGAAACGCACCAUCUCCUUCCUGAGCGGCAACACGGCUGCAGCCCUCAUCAACAAGGUCGGGAAGGACUUCCAGCCGGCCGCAGACCUCGCCAAGAAGUGUCAGGAGAUCGAGCUAGAGAACGAGAAAAAAAGACUGGCCAACCUGGGGAUCACCAACAUUGGGAACGAGAUACUGAAGAGACAGAACAGCUUCACGGGUAGCGCCCAGGCCCAGAACAAGUACCUGUGGUCCCGCAUGGCACUGUACAAUAAAGUACUGGCCAGGAUUGUGGAAUACCUGACAGAAAAUAGCAGUAAAUACUAUGAAAGUAAUGCAUUACUAGCAGACCCAGUGGAAGGAACCAUCUUAGCAUCAUUACUUGUUGGCCCGUGCGCACUUGACUUCUCCAAAGUGAAGACCCCCGACCACUACUGGACAGACCCCACUGCAGAUGAGCUGGUCCAGAGACACAGAAUACCCAACCAAGCCAACCUCAACGGGCCCCCCUCCCCCAACAGAAGACCACAUCUCAAGAUCAUACGGAUGGGAUCGGGUGGACCAGAUGAUUUUGCCAACCGACUGCCGGUGUCUCCCAGAGACUAUGUGGAAUCUCUACACCAGAACUCCAGAACUACGCUCCUGUAUGGCAAAAACAAUGUUCUCGUGCAGCCCAAGGAAGACAUGGAGCCCGUGCCAGGCUACCUCUCCCUGCACCAGACUGCCGACAACCUCACCAUCAAGUGGACACCCAACCAGCUCAUGAACGGCAGUAUAGACAGCAACGAGGGAGACGCAGACAGAAGCGAGCAGAACUUCCCCGUAAGAAAACAUGACGGCGUCAUCUACUGGGAUUAUGCUGUAAACAUCAACCUAGAUGAAGUGGUGUACCUUCACUGUCAUCAACAACCGGACAGUGGAGGAACUAUAGUACUGGUGGGACAGGACGGAGUGCAGAGACCCCCCAUCCACUUUCCCAAGGGUGGUCACCUCCUGGCCUUCCUGUCCUGUCUGGAGAACGGGCUGCUCCCUCACGGUCAACUGGACCCGCCACUCUGGUCACAACGGGGGAAGGGAAAGCAGGUGUUUCCUAGGCUGCGGAGAAGAGGAGCAGCAAGCACCAGACAGGUGACCAUCCACAAAGCCGAUAGUAAGGAAGGAGAGGCAGUGGAAAGCAUUGCAGAGGAGGAGGCCACGGAUUAUGUCUUCAGAAUUCUCACAGCUUACAAACCAGAAGAAUCCAAUGCUUCUAUCCUGGUUCAACCAAGAAGACCUCAAAUGAAGAGGAGACAGAAAAGACCUCCCUUACCCCGCCCCUACCCCCUCAGCCGCCCCACCCUGCUGCCGUCGUGUGAGGGGGUGUACCUGGUAUACCAGUUUGAACCAAUCCAAGAGGAGCCUGUACAGUAUACCGUCAGCACUGAAGUUUUCGAUAAGGACAGACCAGCUAAAAAGAGUACCCCUGUGAACAAUGAGGUUUCGAUAGACCUGAUGGACCCAAAGUUCACGCGACCGCUAUCCUGGUCCUCCAAACCCCUGGUCAGACGAACGUCGUCCGGGGGGUCACAGACGUCCCCACCCUACCAGCCCACCACUGCCCAGGUCUACGCUCCCCGCAGACAGUCCACGGACUCUGAGGGGUUAAACAGCACAGGCUCACCUUCCAGUGAUGAGCCUUCCGUUUUCACCAGACAAUCGUCGUUAGAUUCAGACCCUGGUGAUUUCCUGAACAUAAGUGCCCGGCUGAGAACGUCUUUGAAGCUGCUGUGUGAUACAAUGAAAAAACAAAUCAUCUCAAGGGCCUUCUACGGAUGGUUAGCCCACUGUCGUCACCUGAGAACAGUACGUACCCACCUAUCCGGGCUGGUGCACCACAAGAUCGUGUCUCAGGACCGACCCAUGGACGCCACGUUUGGUCUGACCGGGGACAUGUGGUGGAGCAUGCACGAGGAUGGACAGGUGAAUGAUGAAGAAGAGAUCUACAGACUAGUGUAUUUUGGAGGCUGUGACCAUGAAAUUAGGGCAGAGGUGUGGCCAUACCUGCUUGGACACUACACCUUCGGAGACACGGACGGACAGAGAAGAGAGAAAGACGACCUCGCUCACACACAGUAUGAGAACAUCAUGUCGGACUGGAUGGCGGUGGAGGCCAUUAUCAGACAGAGAGACAGGGAAGCACAGGCUGCCAGUAUUGCUAAACUGUCAUCAGGAAGCAGUAUCGACAGUCAGGCCUACAAACUGUACAGCCAGGACUCCACUAUCAGUAAUGAUCAUUCCAGCAGUAUAGAUUCAUUGGUAGAUGAGGAUGAAAUUCUGCAAAAGUCUGGAGUCUACUACAACAUUAGUGGCAAUGUUGUUUUGGUUUUUGAAGAUGAUGAAGGAAACCAUGAGACAUCUCGUGCAAGAAAGAAGGACAGCGUCGACUCAUCUUCUGAGAGCCCAGAAUUUCUACAAGGCAUUAACCACACUGUGGAACUCCCGAAGGGUCUGAGUGUCGGCUCCGGGCAGGACAGAAUUGAUGAGGGGAUCGGAAGCUCUUGCAGUACGUACGACCGUGAUAGCGUGGACUAUGCCGGUCGCAUGAGCGUCAAUGACAAGGACCCGGGAGAUGAGAAUGAGAAUAGGAAGAUAAAGAGAAGCCAUGAAAUGAUCAACAUUGACAGACAAGCCACUGUAGAUGAGGAAGAUGAAGAGGACCAGAGAGACCAGGAGAUCUCGGCAUGUAUGAAUGAGCAGGAAACACUGGCAGUGGAACCCAUGGAUCGCAACCCUUCUCCUGAGUCCACACAGGGAUGUGACUAUGAUACGAAACUGUUGGACAGCUAUGGGCUGAAUCUGCACCGUAUAGACAAGGAUGUGGCCCGGUGUGACAGGAACUAUCCAUACUUCACUACUAUCAACCUGGAGAAGCUGAGGAACAUCAUGUGCACGUAUGUGUGGGAACACAUGGAGGUGGGGUAUGUACAAGGGAUGUGUGACCUGGCCGCACCUCUACUGGUCAUCCUAGAUGAUGAGGCAAAGACCUACAGUUGUUUCUGCCAGUUGAUGAAGAGAAUGUCGCAGAACUUCCCUCACGGUGGAGCCAUGGACACACACUUUGCCAACAUGAGAUCUCUCAUACAGAUUCUGGACUCAGAGAUGUUUGAGUUGAUGCACCAGAAUGGUGACUACACCCAUUUCUACUUCUGCUACAGAUGGUUUCUACUGGACUUCAAGAGAGAGCUGUUAUACGAGGAUGUGUUCUCGGUGUGGGAGACGAUCUGGACUGCCCGUCCGCUAGCCUCGGAACAUUUCGUCCUGUUCAUCGCGCUGGCUCUGGUGGAGUAUUACAGGGACAUUAUCCUGGAUAACAGCAUGGACUUCACUGAUAUCAUCAAGUUCUUCAAUGAAAUGGCGGAGAGACAUGAUGCCAAAGCUGUUCUAAAGAGGGCACGGGAGCUGGUGUUUGAACUACAGAGUCUCAUUGAGAACAAGUAGGACUUCAUUGGAGAACACAUGUCUGUAGACUGAAGAAACCAAAGUCUCAUCACCUAUACCCACCCAAACAUAGAUGAUCAACUGCCAACAUAUGAGAAAUGAUCGAAUUGUAUUCAUGUUAUAUGAGAAAAAUAGCACAGUGUAUACUUAGCUUUUGCUUUUGUCGUAAGCCAUAAACUUGAUAACUGCAAGAGACAAGGAAAAACUAAAAGUUCACAGUCAUGAUAAUUGUUACCAUUUCAUGAUAAUCCAGUUCUGAAAAUCUCUAUGAUCUGGAUGGAAACCACUUCAUGUAUUCUUGAGGACAAAAGUUAUCAUCUCAUUCU